AUGUAAGCAGAGAAGUGGGAAAGAAUUGCUUUAUCUUCCAGACUUCACUAUGAUAUUGUUCGUUGCUGCCCUAAUGCUACUCUUUGAGCCGAGAGUGUCCUCAACUUCCUCGAGCUUGGAGACACAGAUAUUUCAGUAUAUUGAUGAUCAUCAAAAUGAAUUUAUUGAGAAUCUUAAGGACUGGGUGGCUGUGAAGAGUGAUUCCGUUCAACCAGCCUUCAGAAAAGAAGUAACACGAAUGAUGGAGUUAACAGCAGACAGACUUCGAGCUUUAGGAACCUCUGUUAUGUUAGUAAACCAGCUGCCUGAUGGCCAGAGUCUUCCUGCAGUUCUAGCAGAACUUGGCAAAGAUCCACACAAGCCCACUGUGUGUUUCUAUGGACAUGUGGAUGUUCAGCCUGCCAAAAAGGAAGAUGGAUGGAAAACUGACCCCUACACGCUGACUGAAAUUGAUGGAAAUCUUUAUGGGCGUGGAGCAACAGAUAACAAAGGACCUGUCUUAGCAUGGAUAAAUGCAGUGGAAACAUUCAGAGCACUAAAAUUAGAUAUGCCAGUGAACUUCAAGUUCAUUAUUGAAGGUAUGGAAGAAGCAGGGUCUUUAGGGCUAGAUGAAGUUGUCAAAGAAACGAAGCAUUUUUUCUCUGAUGUUGAUUACAUUGUGAUUUCGGAUAAUCUUUGGCUUAGCAAGAAGAAACCAGCCCUCACCUAUGGGACUCGUGGGAAUGCCUGCUUCUUUGUGGAGGUGGGAUGUGGUGAGAGAGAUCUUCACUCAGGAACUUUUGGAGGCAUCAUUCAUGAACCAAUGACUGAUCUAAUAGCCCUGCUUGACAGCCUUGUGAAUAUGUCGGGUCAUAUUCUGAUCCCUGGAAUCUAUGAUGAUGUUGCUACCCUUACAGAAGAGGAGAAGCAGUUGUAUGAAUCAAUUGAAUAUGAUCUAGAGGAACAUAAAACUAUUGCUGGUGUGAAUAAAUUCCUCUAUGACACCAAGGAGGACAUACUUCUACAUUUGUGGCGUUAUCCUUGUCUUUCUGUCCAUGGGAUUGAAGGAGCUUUUUAUGAACCAGGAAUUAAAACUGUUAUACCAUCAAAAGUAAUAGGAAAAUUUUCAAUUAGGCAAGUCCCACACAUGGCUCUUGCAACUGUGGAAAAGCAGGUGACACAGUAUUUAGAGGAAGUAUUCUCUAAGAGAAACAGUUCCAACAAACUGAAAGUGUCCAUGCCAAUGGGUGCAAUGCCUUGGGUUGCUGAUAUUAACAAUCCUAUGUACCUAGCAGCCAGAAGAGCAAUUAAAACAGUUUUUGGAGAAGAACCAGAUAUGAUCCGGGAUGGAUCAACGAUCCCUAUUGCGCUUCCAAUUGGAGCAGCUGAUGCCGGGGAGCAUUCUCAAAAUGAAAAAAUAAGCAGGUAUAAUUACAUUCAAGGAACAAAACUAUUUGCGUCCUUCUUCUUGGAGAUCUCAAAGCUUCAUGGCCAGUUACAGGAAGCUUCCAACACAACGUGUGCGCUAACUGAGGAACCCUGAAAAAGGAAAACAGCUAAAUACUUGUUUAUAAAUAAACAUACUGCUUUGCCUCUUCGAAGAAACAUGUAUUAAUAAUUAAAAACACUUAGAAAUGCACCGAGUGCUUGAAGCUGUUGAAAAAUUUAAAUGUAUGCAACUGCUUGGAAUAUGCACUAUAUAUAGCGUAUGUAUGAUUAUAAGCCGGUAAGGGAUCUUAGUCCUAAGGCAGCAAAAUUGGGGCAAAGGUGCAUCAGGCUUAUUGAAUGGAAUGUUUUACUGUGUAACAUCAGACUUCGAGGCAAUGGGAAGAAGAAAAUGUUGUUAACUUUAUUAAAAUUAACUUUAUUUCCUGUUUUGUAGUUUGGCCAGCAUAGUAUUGUCUAGUUCACAUUCCAGUUCCUGAACAUAAGCUGUUCACAGCACUGCUUCUUCCCUCUUGGCUAAAUAUGAAUUUGGCGGGGGGGGAGAGAGAUCACUGAAUUAACCUCUUCUCCGUCCACUUUUUCUCCCUAAAGGUUACCUGAUGCAAGGAAUAGCCCUGUACUACAAACUCUUAUUCUUAUGAGCAGUUUGUCUGAAAUCAAUAGGAAUGUUCGCAUAAAUAAAAGUUUGCAGGUCUCCAUGCUUCUUUUUUUCCAUUUGAUCAGAAUCUCCUGCUGUUUUGUAAUUUGGCACAUUAUUACAGAUUUUCCUGUGAUACUCUCUUCCUAGAUGUGACUUGUUGUAAAUCAAGCAUGAAGUCACUCAUGAAUAUCUGUUCUAACUAAAAGCCUGUGACCUGAGUAGAUGUUUUAGCUUCAAACCAACUGACUUCACAUAGCCAUAACUUUUUAUCAAGUAUAAGUUUUAGGCUGAUACCUUGAACUAUGACAAGUGAUAUAUUUUGAAACUAAGUUAGUAAUUAUGAGAAGGUUACUUUUGUUAGAUGUUUGAGUCAAAUGUCUAGAACAGUUUUCAUGGUAAAGAUGGCACAGAAUUGUGUGUCCAGUUCAGAAUUGUGUGUCUAGUUCAAAUCUAUAUCUUUGCCAAAUCAAAUAGGAUGUUUUUUCAGCACACAGUCAAUGUACACAGAAAGAACAUUAUCGAUCCAAUUUUUUAAAAAAGAGCUUUAUUUUGUAUAAGAAAAUAAUUUUGUGUAACUAGUUUGCCUUGCUAUUAUCUUAGAGAGUUUAUAUAUAAUAAA